CUUCCUCCCCUGCGAAAAAAACGAAAACAAAAUCAAAUAGUUAUCAUUAGGGUUUAUCAAUCAAUCUCUCUCUGUGGCACUUUUCUUUAUUGUUACAGAAGCAGUUUCUUAAAGAAUGAGGAAGCUAAAGUUUCACGAGAGAAAGCUGCUAAAGAAAGUAAAUUUCUUGGACUGGAAAAGAGAGCACAAUCACAGAGAAGCACAUGUUAUGCAACGUUACCACAUCGUUGAGCGUGAUGAUUACAAGAAGUAUUCUAGUGUGUGCCGGAUGGUGCAGAAGUUGACAAAUAUUUUGAAGCAGAUGGAUCCUAGAGACCCUUAUCGUGUUGAAAUGACUGACGUUCUUUUGGAGAAGCUCUACAACAUGGGUGUGAUACCGAGCAGGAAAAGCUUGGCCUUGUGUGAUCGCUUGUCAGUGUCAUCCUUUUGCAGGCGUAGGCUUUCAACUGUUUUGAUGAGAUUGAAGUUUGCUGAACACUUAAAAGAAGCCAUAACAUACAUUGAGCAGGGGCAUAUUCGUGCAGGUCCCGAGACCGUUACUGACCCGGCAUUCCUGGUAACAAGGAGCAUGGAAGACUUUGUUACUUGGGUAGAUACAUCCAAGAUAAAGAGAAAGGUGCUUGAAUAUAAUGAGAAUCUGGAUGAUUAUGAUGCAAUGAACUAGGAGAAACUUUUUUUGUAUGCCUUAUGUCUGUGGGUUGACGACAUAAGCAAAAUCUUGGUCAUAAAUGAUUAAAAUAUGGUGUAAGAAUGAUGUUUAGAGGGAGUUUUGCCCUCCCCUACUGCUGAGAACAUCACCCUCAAGAGCCAGAAUUUAUGGUGUUACAAUUUACAAAUAUUUUGUAGUUUGUGAAAUCUUAUGAGCAAGCCUUCUCUCAAUGUUUUUCUUCAA